UGCAACAAAUAUGUAUUUUCUUUUGGUUACAACUUCAAUUAUGCUUAACAUAUAUUUAUUUGAAGCAACACCUCAACCAGACGGUUAUAAUCCGGAAAUAAAUGAUCAAUUUGAAAAAACCACAACAUCGGACGACAAACCUUAUAAAUCCCUAAACUCUAAUGUCAUUGAUGAGAACAAUGAAAUACUAGACAAAGAGUUCGAAUCACACAAAGAAAACAAAUCAGAACUAGCUAAAGUUGAAAACACCACACCCGUACUAAGCUUUUAUAAAAAAAUAACAUUUGCCAUACAAUUAUUUUUGUGUACACCGAAAAUAAAAUCCGUUCUUACAAAUAUAGGAACAUGUAUUGUAAAUGGGGUGAUGGAAAUAGUUUCUUUCUAUUUACCUGCACCGUUAAUACCUCUCCUAGCAAGCGCAGCUGGUAUGAUCAUACCAUUCGAACCGGUAGUCAUGUUGAGAAGACAAAUGCCAGUAACUAGUUAUAGAAGAGCAUUAAAAACAGCUGUGAACGGUUUUCUAAAUACAUUUAAUGUUUAUAAAUAUGAUAACGACGACGAAGAUCCAUAUAUGACGAGGAGAUUUAAUCGAAGAUUUAUGGAUGGUCCUAAAGACGAAGUUAAUACAAGCAAACCUUUUGAUGAAUAAGCUACUUUAUU